GUUUUCUCAAUGGUUUCUGCUUUGGGAUGGAUCCGUACUGGGGAAAAAAGGUCUCUGCUGUGAGGAACCCACUGCCAGCCCCUCCCCACGCUCCCGGCCGCGGUGGGUGCUGGGGCUGCACUGCUGCAGGAAGUGCUCGUUGCCAACAGCUGCGUGGGUCGUGGGGCCUGGAGGUGCUGGGGGCUGUGCUCAGUGCUCAGCAGCCCUGCACUGCCCCACUCCCACCCUGGUGCAGGAGGGGCUGGGGGCUCUACCUAUGGCUAUCCUUGCUGCAGGGAUUUGCUUUUCCAUUUUUUUCCCUUCCCCUGUUCGUGCCAAACCCUUUGCCAAAGGAGCUGCCACUCUUAGUGUGUGACAGAGCACAUUUUGCAAGCACUGCCCAGGGGAGAUACAGGGUGAUCCAGGAAGCUGUGGGAUCAAGGGACCAUUCUGGGUUCUGGGAUACCAGGAGGGAACAGGGAGAGCUGCACGAGCCCUCGAGCCUGCGGCACAUGGCAAGGCUGGCAGUGAGCCCUUGCCCAGGGACACCCAUGGUGCUGGGGAACGCGCUGGGCGUGGGGCUGAGGAAUGUCCCCAUAAGGAUGGGUGCAGCACUCGGUGCCCCCCGGCACAGCUUGGCGUUCUGCCUGCGCCACUGCAGAGCAGCUGGUGGGAACCUGCGGCUUUGCCUUUGAUCAUGAAAGCCAAGACAAUAGCGCUGUGGUUGCUCUGCUCAGAGCUGUCUCCAAAAACCCAGCGCUGGCGGCGCAGCACAGCCUGGGCACAAGGCAUCCCCUCCAGUCUGUCCCCAUUUCAGCUGUCGCUGUGGUUCUUGGGGGACUGAGGCUUGGGGGUGUAGUGGUGAUGGCCAAAGCAGGGCUGUGGGUGCAGGAGGUGUCACACAGCCCAACAGGGUCUGGCGGGGUACGGCACAACCGGAGCUGCCACUGCGAUCCCACAGCACUGAGCUUUGGGAAGGGGGCUGUAAAGGGACCGGGGGGCUUUGCAGCCCUUUGGGUGACAGCGUCGCACCCAUCGCUGCCCCCACACAGCACACGGCCCAUUGUGUGCCCCCACUCCACCCCAGCCAAGGGGCUCGGUGCCCCCAAACCCACCCGAUCCCAGGGCUGAGGGCACCUGGAGCAGGACCCAAUGCACAGCCCAGCUGGGGAUGGCAGGAAGCCUCAGAGUUUGUCACCAGUGCUUGCGGUUGUGCGCGAGCUGUGAACCAGCUCCUCUAGAGUUUGCUCAGGAGGCAGGAAACCAGGGCAGGCAGCGAGCAAGAGCGAACAGCGGUGGGGAGUGCGCCCGUGUGCGGGGGGCUCGGCUGCACUGCCGUGGGUCAGCGUGAGCCCACGGCCAUGGGGAGGACGUGAAACGGGACCAUCACUGCUGCACAGCCAUGGGAGUCUGAGAGAGCUGGUCCUCAUUGUGCUGCCCACAGGUAACGGGGUCGGGAUGGAGCUCUGCAGCCAGCACUGCUGGGCAGGUGCACGUUGUGCUCACUGAUGGUGCUCUGCCGAUGGGUGGGAGUGGGGGCUCACCGCAGUGGGGCUGGGAGUGAUGGUGCUUGGGCAGCUGGGAGGCACAGAUGGGAGCUCCCUGUACUGGGGGAUAGCAGCCACUCUGAGGCCAGGGCAGCCGGUCCCUGUUUGCGGGGCAAAGCGGCAGAUUUGUGCCAGGCCUUCACCCGUCUGUGGAUGAGAGCAGUUCAGUGCUGGUCCAUCAGCAUCCCAUCGCAGAUGGUUUCAAGCACUGAGAUGUGUCCGGUUUCGGUGCUGUUUUGGUGCAAACAUCUCCGUGCCGUGAUGGCGGCGUGGCGCGGCUCUGCCCUGCUGGCUCUGCACGGUGUCCAUCUGGAUCGCAUGGGGACAGGAAUGGGGUCAGCCCAACCUCAGCCCCGCUCACACACUGACCAACCAACAACAGCCAGAGGUGCUCAUGCGGAAGGGCCUGCAGGAGCAGCAAGAGCAAGUGUGACAGCUGUGCAACGCAGCCCCGUGCUGGGAGCACUGCGAGGUGUGUGCACAUUGCUUGCACGCAGCCUUCGUGCAGAAAUUCGUUUGCACAGAUGCAGUCACAAAACCUGACUUCAAACGCUCUGAUGCAGCGCGGCCCUCGCACUGAGCAGGUGGAACGGUUGCUUGGUGGAAAUUAUGCUGUGGCUUGAGUACAUCAGAGAAAAAGACACAAUAGCAGCACCUCCCUCCGCACCCCGGCUUCUUGCAGAGAGGAAAAAACACGUCCCAGGUCCCUCUGCUGCGGUGGAUGUGCAUUUGAAGUGCCACAGGCAUUCUGGGAGCAUGGAGGCUCUGUGUCUGUGGAGCUGGGUUUUGCUCAGCUCUGAGCUUUGUCCCCAUGGUGCCAUUGCUGUCCCCGCUCCCUGGGGCCAUGGCCGAGCUGCUCCAGGAGCAUUCUCAAAGCAGAGCGGCAGAAGCGGGGCACCAGGGCCCAAAUCGUGGCACAGGGGGCUCAGCCGCCCUCCCCUCCCACAGCCUCUGCUCCCAUCGGCCGUGGUGGCGGUGGGCACUCUGAGGUGGCACCUUGGGGACAGCAGGAGGGCAGCACUGCCAUUGCGGCGCUGUCCCCACUGUGGGGUGAUGAGCGUGCUGUGCUCCCAGUUCUGUGCAUGGGUUUGGGGUGUGCUCAGUGGCUGAAGGGUCAGGUGGCACCCAGGGGACACCACAUCCCCCCGAGAUGAAGAUGACAGAGGAAAAAAGAGUGACACCGAUAAAGAGAUAAUCACUGCCAGCAAGGCAGAAAUGCGUGGGGCACUGUGAGCACAGGCUGGAGACACGGGUUGGGGCCGUGCCUGCGUGGGGACGGAUCCUGGUGGCGUGGGUGUGGGGAUUCUGCAGAAAAGCAUUUUCCAGGGCUGUGGGCCACUGUUUGCGUGUCUCAGCACCGGGGCUUCAUCAGCUUUUGUGGGAAGGUUAGAGCCACGCAAUGGGAAGAAGGCUCCUUCCACCCACUUGUGGCACCAGGGCUGGUGCUUGAGGUGGGUGUCCUGGCACUCAUCACCUUCUGUGCUUUUAAUUAACGCAGCCAGGACAAAGGCAGGAGGAAAUAUGGCUGGUGAUGGAGUCAGGGGAUACCCUACAGAGUGUGCAGGAAGGACUGUGUGAUGGGACAAGUAAGAGAGAUGGAUGGAUGGAUGGAUGGACGGACGGACGGAUGGAUGGAUGGGCUAAAUGGGAUGAAUGAAUGGCUGCAGAGAUGAGGUGGAUAAAUGUGGGGAUGAUGGGGUCGGGGGGGGGAUGAAGGCUUCUCUCACUGCCCUCCAUAGCCACCAUGGGCUGCUGCUGCAGCUCAGACUAUGACGAGGACUGGAUUGAGAACAUCGACAUCUGCGAGCACUGCAACUACCCCAUUGAUCCCGACAGCAAGCGCCAGCAGCUGAUCCGCAAUGGCUCUGAGGUGCGGGAUCCCCUGGUGUCCUACGAGGCCACGUCUCCGCCGUGCUCCCCGCUGCAAGGUACAGCCCGGCCACGGGGGGGGCUGCUGGGUGUGCCCCAUGGCCACCUCCACCCCGACCCUGCGCUCUCCCCAGACAAGCUCGUGGUGGCCCUGUAUGACUAUGAGCCCACUCAUGACGGGGACCUGGGACUUAAGCAGGGCGAGAAGCUGCGCGUCCUGGAAGAGAGCGGGGAGUGGUGGAAGGCGCAGUCGCUCACCACGGGCCAGGAGGGUUUGAUCCCACACAACUUCGUGGCCAUGGUGAACAGCCUGGAGCCGGAGCCGUGGUUCUUCAAGAACCUCAGCCGCAAGGACGCAGAGCGGCAGCUGCUGGCCUCGGGCAACACGCAUGGCUCCUUCCUCAUCCGGGAGAGCGAGACCUCCAAAGGCUCCUACUCGCUGUCAGUGAGGGACUUCGACCAGAACCAGGGCGAGACAGUGAAGCACUACAAGAUUCGCAACAUGGACAACGGCGGGUACUACAUCUCUCCCCGGGUCACCUUCAGCAGCCUGCACGAGCUGGUGGAGUAUUACUCAAGAAGCUCGGAUGGGCUGUGCACCCGGCUCGGCAAGCCCUGCCGGACGCAGAAGCCGCAGAAGCCGUGGUGGCAGGAUGAGUGGGAGGUGCCGCGAGAGUCACUGAAGCUGGUGGAGAAGCUGGGAGCCGGGCAGUUUGGAGAAGUCUGGAUGGGUUUCUACAACGGACACACCAAGGUAGCCAUCAAGAACCUGAAGCAGGGCAGCAUGUCCCCCAGCGCCUUCCUGGCAGAGGCCAACCUGAUGAAGAACCUGCAGCACCCGCGGCUGGUGCGGCUCUAUGCCGUGGUGACCAAGGAGCCCAUCUACAUCAUCACAGAGUACAUGGAGAAGGGCAGCCUGGUGGACUUCCUCAAGACCUCAGAGGGCAUCAAGCUCAGCAUCAACAAACUGCUGGACAUGGCUGCACAGAUUGCCGAAGGCAUGGCCUUCAUCGAAGCCAAGAACUACAUCCACCGUGACCUGCGGGCUGCCAACAUCCUCGUGUCGGAGACUCUGUGCUGCAAAAUCGCUGACUUCGGGCUGGCGCGCCUCAUUGAGGACAAUGAAUACACAGCACGAGAAGGGGCUAAAUUCCCCAUUAAGUGGACGGCCCCGGAGGCUAUUAAUUAUGGCACGUUCACCAUCAAGUCUGAUGUCUGGUCCUUCGGCAUCCUGCUCACCGAGAUCGUUACCUACGGCCGGAUCCCGUAUCCAGGGAUGACCAACCCCGAGGUGAUCCAGAACCUGGAGCGCGGCUACCGCAUGCCGCAGCCAGACAACUGCCCGCGGGAGCUGUACGAACUGAUGAUGCAGUGCUGGAAGGAGCAGCCCGAGGAGCGGCCCACCUUCGAGUACAUGAAGAGCGUGCUGGAGGACUUCUUCACCGCCACCGAGGGACAGUACCAGCAGCAGCCGUGAGGCCCCACGCCGGGCUCCCACUGACUCCACUUGCAUCCCAUGAGCACCGCCCGGCGUGAGGACGUCGUGCUUCCCAAAGAGCUUUGCCCCCAGCGGUGAAUCCCGACCGCCGUGCCCACGGCCGUCAGCUCCUCGCCCCGCGCACAGCACGGAGCUCCCGGCCCUCACGGCCUGCGCCGGGCUGCAGCAGCGGCCGCGGCCCCGUCACGCAGGGCCUCAGGCAGGGCUCAAGCCCUCAGAUGGCGGCCAACGGACCCGAGGCCCACAGGCUGGGGUCGCUGCCAACGGGCCCGGCUCUGCCUGCUGCCAGCCUCUCCCUGCUGCCAGGCUCUCCUGUCCGCUGUGGGGCAGGAAAGGCCUCGGACCCGGCGCGGCCCGCAGCCCCACACGGACCAGGCCGCAGCUCGCUCCCCGCCCUGCUGCCGCCCGCACUCGACGCCCCGCCCGCCCCAGGCGCUGCGAAGCCCCG